CAAAGAAUAAUGCGCUUGGCAGGCGCACACUGUUGGCGAGGUGUCCCUUGCACCACCAGCGGGAUUUCGCUGUCGUGAUGUUCAAUACCUCGGGCUUUGAUCCCACUUACAGCCCGAAAGAAGAUGUUUCUGAAGUUAUCAAUGGCACCGCACAGCAAUUAUAUGAUCUUACUGGUCCUACGGCCAUGGCCAAUAAGUCGUGCGGGGAGGAACUACUUGACUUCGGCACGGCGGAGAAGAUUAUUAUUGGGGCGAUGCUGGCCAUUAUCACAGCGGUCACUGUGAUGGGAAACACCCUGGUGGUGAUAGCCGUUUGCGUUGUAAAGAAACUUAGACAGCCCUCAAACUACCUGCUCGUAUCCUUGGCUGUGGCAGACCUGUCAGUUGCUCUUGUAGUUAUGCCCUUUGUGAUAGUGACGGACCUAACCGGGGGCAAGUGGCUUUUUGGGGAAGUGUUCUGCAACAUCUUCAUUGGUAUGGAUGUAAUGUGUUGCACAGCCUCCAUAAUGACCCUGUGCGUGAUCAGCGUGGACAGAUACCUUGGCAUCACGCGACCCUUGACCUACCCAGCACGACAGAACGGGCAGCUGAUGGCGAAAAUGAUCCUGGGUGUGUGGCUGGUGUCCGCCUCCAUCACCUUGCCUCCCUUCUGCGGCUGGGCCAAGAACGUCAACAGGGCCGAGCUGUGCCUGAUCAGCCAGGACUUCAGCUACACGAUCUACUCCACCGCCGUGGCCUUCUACAUCCCCAUGGCUGUCAUGCUCAUCAUGUACUACAAGAUCUUUCGUGCCGCCCGCAAGAGCGGCGCCAAGCACCGCUUCUCCGACUUCUCCCGCCGCGAGCGCCCGGAGACGGUGGCCAGCGAGGCGCUGAAGAUGCAGGGCCUGAAGCCUCCGGGCGUGGCGGAGGAGUGCGCCGCCCUGUCCCGUCUGCUGAACCGCGAGCGCCGCAACAUCUCCAUCUUCAAGCGGGAGCAGAAGGCGGCCACCACGCUGGGGGUGAUCGUGGGCGUCUUCUCCGUGUGCUGGCUGCCCUUCUUCAUCCUGUCCACCGCCCGGCCCUUCAUCUGCGGGGUGGAGUGCAGCUGCAUGCCCAUCUGGCUGGAGCGCACCCUGCUAUGGCUGGGCUACGCCAACUCCCUCAUGAACCCCUUCAUCUACGCCUUCUUCAACCGCGACCUGCGCUCCACCUACAAGGACCUGCUGCGUUGCCGAUACCGCAACAUCAACCGCCGUCUCUCUGCUGUGGGCGUGCACGAGGCCCUCAAGGUUUAGGAGCAAC